AAAAUUUAUUAUCACACCGCUUCUUGAGCAAGUAUUUGUAAACCCCAUUUGUGGAUUUUGAGAAAAAAACAUUUGCAAACGCCGUUGAUAUCACUAAUCUAAACAACUUCACUCAAUCAGGCUGACACAAAUAACAUUUCAUAAUGGCUGAUGAAUUUGAUGUGGAGGCAAUGUUAGAGGCGCCAUAUAGAAAAGAGGACGAAGGACGUGGCGAUGCAUCAACCGAAAAAGAACGAAAGUCGUCAUCUUCGCGUCGAAGAAGCAGAAGUCGUGAUAAAGACCGGAAGAAGGAUAAAGAAAAAAGGCGCAGUAAAGAUCGGGAUCGAGAACGGAAGCGAAGUAAGGAUAGGGAUGGUAAGCGCAGCAGCAAAAGUGACAAAAAAAGGAGUAGAAGUCGGGAUAAGGAUAAGGAAAAGAAGCGCAGUCGAAGUAGGGACAGAAAGGAUCGGGAUCGUAAACGUUCGAGGUCACGUGACCGCAAACGGAAGAGCCGGUCUCCACGGAGGGGCGGUCGUAGGAGUAUUAGCAAGAGUCCAGUGAGGGAGCCCCCUGCAGAGCUUACCCCUGAAGAGCGGGAUGCUAGGACGGUGUUCUGUAUGCAGCUGUCUGCAAGGAUCAGGCCCAGGGAUCUGGAGGAGUUCUUCUCGUCUGUUGGAGAGAUCAAAGACUGUUUCUUACAGAUCAAAGACGUAAGGCUGAUUACAGACAACAAAACUCGCAGGUCAAAGGGCAUCGCUUACAUCGAGUUCAAAGACACAGAGUCUGUACCGCUGGCCAUUGGGCUGACAAAUCAGAAGCUGUUGGGUGUACCAAUCAUUGUGCAGGCUUCUCAGGCGGAAAAGAACCGUUCACAAAUGGCAGCAAACAUCAUCGCAAAGACACAAGUCACUGGCCCCAUGAGGCUGUAUGUCGGUUCACUGCAUUUCAACAUCACAGAAGACAUGCUCAAGGGAAUCUUUGAGCCAUUUGGAAAGGUAUCGUCUAUUGAAGACAUCAAGCUUAUCAGGGAUCAUGAGACUGGGAAAUCUCACGGAUAUGGCUUUAUAACAUAUAAGAAUGCAGAGGAUGCCAAGAAAGCUCUGGAGCAGCUAAAUGGUUUUGAGCUGGCCGGUCGCCCGAUGAAGGUGGGCAAUGUGACGGAGAGACAAAUGGACAUGCAGACCGGUGGUCAGUUGGACAACGAUGAAUUGGACAGGGCGGGCAUAGAUCUCGGUGCCACUGGGAGACUGGCACUGAUGGCUAAACUUGCAGAGGGUACAGGCUUCGAGCUACCAGAUUAUGCCAAGAACUCGCUACAGAUGCAGGGACUGGGUACCCAACUUAUCCCGGGCAUGCCAACUCCUAUGGUUAAGCCCCAGGUCCCUGCUGCAACUGCCAGCGCCCCACCCAUUGCAACACAGUGCUUCAUGCUCUCCAAUAUGUUUGACCCUACCAUAGAGUCAAAGCUGAGCUGGGAUCAAGAGAUCAGAGAUGACGUCAUAGAGGAGUGCAGCAAACACGGUGGUGUUCUCCAUCUCUAUGUAGACAAGGCCUCUCCGCAGGGUAACGUGUACGUCAAGUGUCCCACCAUCGCAGCAGCUGUGGCCUCCGUGAACUCCUUGCAUGGCAGAUAUUUUGGAGGUAAGAUAAUCCAGGCAGCCUAUGUCCCCCUACCGAACUACCAUGCCUUGUUUCCAGAGUCCCAGCGAGCCAGUCAGCUGCUGUACCCUUCCACACAGACCCUCGGCAUGAGCGGAUUUGCACAGCAACCUUCAAUAUUUAAUGGCAUGGUUCGGUAAAAAAAGCUUUGAGAAUCACGAAUCCUGUGUGCUUUCUUGUCAGGAAUGGACAUCCAUUGAACAGCCCUGUGGAUGACUGUGUACACAUGUGUGCGCUUUAAACAUGGAGUGAUCAGUAAACACUGGAUAAUAAAAUACUGUAAAUACGUUAUUAAUUCAAAGUGAAGUUGCACCUGAGCAUGUUAGUGUUGAAUGUCAAAAGUGUGCAAUAGUUGACAUUCCUUCAAAUCCAUAGUACUUAAUGUUAAAAGAACAUAACAUUAUGUACGAAUUCUGUUGUGGAAUCAAUGCACAUUGUUUUAAUGGUGAUGUUAUAAAGGAUAAUACGUUUUCACCUUUAUUUAACGGCAUAAUAUUUCUUCUUUUAAAUCAAAAGGCAUGAAAAGUAGAAAAGACCCAGAGUUGAAAGUUUGUAAAAGUGAUUAAUAUUCAAGUCUCUGUAUAUGAAAUUAUCUUACAUUUGUACUUUUUGUUUGCUUUAUUAUCAUUAUUAUGACGUCAUGAAAAGUAUGUAGUCUGUUUUCAAAUGCGUGUUUUUAAUUGUAUGUGAAGACAUCAAAAGGCAUUAUUUGUUGGAAAAUGGUUAUGAUGAUAAGAUUGUUAUUUGUAAAUGAUGUUUUAGCAUCUGUGAGGCUGAAAUUUCUUGUAAUUGUUUCAACUCAUUAUUUUGACUUGUUGUAUGGUACAUAUGUUUAUCAGUCUUAAUUAUUUUUAUGCAAUUAUGUUGGAAAGUAGUUUAAUUUACCGGAAAUACUGAUCAGACUAAAAAUUAUAUUAGGUUAAAAGUUGUUUCAAGGGUUUUCUGAGAAUUGUGUUCAAGUAGUUGUUUUAUUUACCAUUAACAUAUUCAUUUGACAACAUGUGGUUUGUCGAUUGGACAAAAGUUUUUAAGGGAGGUGAUUCUAUAAUUGCAUUCAGAAGAAAAUAGAAUGUAUAAUCAACUGUGUACAAUAUGUGAAUGAUUGUUUAAUUACCUUCCCUAAUAAAAAGGUUUCUAUUAUAGGCGACUUUCAGUUUUAUGGUAUAGAAAUUCAUGUCUUGUCCUGUUUCUCUGAUGAUUGCUGCUUCAGAUUUUAUUGUCUUGAGUCAUUUUGUCAUCUAUUGAUGUGUUUGUCAUACCAAGUUUAAUGUUUAUAGAAAAUGUUAAUAAAUAAGAUUGGAUGAAUACAAAAUUUAAAUUGAAA